AUGAAUGAAGAGCAGCAACAUCCCACAAUAAAUGAUCUGAUCAAGAGAUUCAAAUUUACUAGGAUUCUUGAUUCAAACCCAAGAAUGAAAAUAAUUUCUCUUUUAGGUUCCAUCGAUAAUGAGGAUGCCAUCAUCACUGUGGAAAAGACGCAUUUUAUAUUUGAUGAAAACGUACGUAGGCCAUCACAGGAUAAGAACUCUCAAGAAACAAUAAUCUACCAUGUCGAAAAUGAGUACUCAUGUAUUGGUGGAAUUGAAGAGUUGAAACAAUUAACAUCCAAUGACAUUUAUUAUUGGGGGCUCUCCAUUAUUAAGCAGGAUAUUGUACAGAAUCCAACAGCAAAAAUUAAUUUGAUUUGGCCUGCUAACUACGUUCACAUAAGAAGAUACGACCAACAACAUCUACAUCUCAUUAGAGAGACUCCAGAAACGUACAAGGAAGUUGUUAAACCGUACGUUGAAGAGAUGUCUACGCCAGAAAAGUUAAAAUGGGUUUAUGAUAUACUCUAUGAGAAUUCUGAAACUUCCAGAGUAAUCUAUAAAGAUUAUGAAGAUGAUAGGAAAAAGAGUAGUUUUGUAAUAUUGCCUGACACAAGAUGGGAUGGAGUCAAUCUGGAUGGACUGUAUCUCGUAGCAUUGCCAUAUAGAGAUGAUAUUAGGACAGUUAGAGAUUUGAGGCCAAGCGACAGAGAUUGGCUGAUUGAAUUAAAUAGGAAAUUCAGAUCAAUUGUACCAGCUUGUUACAAUUUUUCUGUCCAUGCUGACGAGUUAAAAAUUUUUAUACAUUAUCAACCUUCCUACUACUAUUUCCAUUUCCAUAUUGUGAAUCUCAAACAUCCAGUCUUAACUGAUGGGUCACUGGUGGGUAAGGCAAUUCUUAUUGAAGAUGCCAUUGAUCACUUGAAGACAUUGGGUCCCGAAGGGUACAUGGCAAGGUCACUUGCAUAUGCUAUUGGAGAAAGUCAUGAGCUGUGGAGGAGAGGUCUAAAAGAUGAAGUAGGUAAACAAAUGAAGAGAGAUGGGAUACCAGAGAUUCCAAAAGUUUUAAAUGGAUUUGAAAAGGACUCAUAA